UUCAUUCACUAUUUAGGUAAAAACAAAUAGAGAAUAUUAAAAAACUCUUUCGAAAAGAAGAAAUUAAGAGAAUAUUUAUUUCAAAAAAUGUGGACUCAGAAGUAAACUCUGUAUUGCAAUCUGCAAGUGCAUUGGCAUUGGAUCUGGAAUCGCGGGGAAGAAGAAGAAGAAGCAAUGGCUCGUGCAGGAGGGAUAACAAACGCAGUAAACGUGGGAAUAGCGGUGCAAGCUGAUUGGGAAAACCGCGAAUUCAUCUCUCACAUUUCUCUCAAUGUUCGUCGUCUCUUCGACUUCCUUGUCCAAUUCGAGGCUACAACGAAGAGCAAGUUGGCGUCUUUGAAUGAGAAGCUUGAUGUGUUGGAGCGUCGCUUGGAACUCCUUGAAGUUCAAGUGGGAAAUGCUUCAGCCAACCCUUCUCUUUUUGCCACAUGAUUUGUGUUGUAAUUCAGCUUUCAAGUGAGCGCUCUUCACCUAUAAUGUAAAAUCUAAACGGAAUUCUUGAUCUGUAAGUCUUUUCUAAAUCAAGAGUGAGGUUUUUUAUUAGUGUCAUGCUUUGUUUUGGCAAGUCUAGCUCUUCAUUCUGCAAUUUUUUGGUUGAUCAUAUAGUUAGUUAAGCUUCAUUUGCAACUUUGGACUAACAAAUUCCCAUGGAUCCAAAACACUAGGUCUUGCAAUUCUUAGUUUUUUACCAUGUUUGCAAUGUGACUAUGCCUUUUAUUGUUAUAAUCGGCGGUACCAUCCAUUUUAUAGGAAAAAGGAAGCUCAGUUGGCAGAAUCUGGAUUUUGUACUCUAGAUAGAAAUGGAUUCGAUGAUAUGUGACGUAGUCAUACUCACAUAACAUUAGCUUUCAUUUGUACACCAUUCUUUUGUCCACAGCUGUCCUGAAUUUUGACAUUUUCCAUAUGCACGGUAAGGAGUGUUAUUAUUGUCCCUAAAAGAGUUUUUGCACAUUCUUAACAACAUUCAUUUUAAGCCAUUGGAUAACAACUAGGCCUUACUUAACUCUCUUCUGAAACAGCUCGGAUUCUGCUCAAGCUCAUUUCCCUUACGUAAUAUCUUUCCUUCCUCUUUUACUUGUUCUCAUUCUUCUGAUUGCCUUCUUCUGAAUGCCUCAGAUUCUGAUUUAUCUCAUUUUCCUUACAUAAUCUCAUUUUCCCCUCCUGUUUUCUUUUGCCUUUUCUCAUUCUAGUUCUAAUCUUAAUGUUUUUAAGAAGACAUGAGUCCACAUGGCGUUUAUGAAGCUAGGCAUAAAAAUUUCAGUGAUUAGUCGUUCAAUGUGAGCGUGUAGAUCAAGUUUUUCUUGGAGUGGAAAAAUCAAAAGAGGACAAAUAAUUUCUUGAAGUCCACCCCACCCCCUUUUUUUUAAUCUCGAAACGAUAAGUUAAAAAAGUCUCUCUCAUUCAAUCAAGUGCCACUGACAAGGUUUUAUUGCCGUACAUCAUUCCAUACAAUCCAGCACAAGGACGUUAGUUCAGCUAUGAUUUAUUUUGUCUCGCUCCUCUAAAGUUAAAAAGUGAGAAAUUAUGCAUGGUUAAUUUAAUUUGAAGUACAUGAUGAUAAUAAUAUAUAAAAAUUUAAAGGUGAACUACUCUCUACUUCUUUACUUUACAAAUAAAUUCACUUUAAAAGAUUUUUUUACCUGUGUAAUAUUUUUAUGUUUUGAAGGUAUCUAUUUCAAGCUAUUAAUAAUCAAUCAUUCAGUUCAAAUAAAAGAGGAUGGUUUCCAAUAAAAUUGUUUUUGCUAAAUAUGUUUUUAAUAGAGUUGCUUCGCAAAAUAUGAUAAAACCUAUUUGACCCUGUGUCAUUUGAGUUUGACGAAUGCUACCUCAGGAAAUAACCGUUUCAGCUAAACGUGCCCACCCUUUCUGCUCGAUACAUUACACCAUUAUUCUGAAAACAUUGAUCUACGAAUAUACUAACGCAACGUUGUAAAUUUAUCUCCAGUGUUUCAAUGAUAAUAAUAAUAAGUGUUAGAAUGCUUGCUAAAGAUUUAAUAAACACUUUUUUUUAUUAAAAUUACGAUGAAGAUGAAUUGGUAACAUUAAAUACAUUUUUUAAUAAAAAAAAAUUUACUUCUACUUUUUAAACAUUGCCUUUAGGCAAGGUUAGCAAACAAUAAUUAAUAAUAAUAAAACACAUAAUUCGCUUUCAUUUAUGUGUUCACAAAUUUCGAC